GAAAUCUCGUGCUUUUAAUUUCAGAUUGAUCGAGAUGGAAACGGAUACAUCGAAGUGGCGGAGUUGAAGAGUGCCCUUGACAUCGUGGGAUUCAAGUUACCGCAAUGGAAGGUGCGACAGAUGGUGGAAGAGGUCGACAGGGAUCGAUCGGGUCGACUAUCAUUCGACGAAUUUCGUCAGCUUUGCGCGGACCUCAAGUCCCGCGAGAUCGGAGCCACGUUCAAACAAGUGGUGUCCCGACGCGAGAACUUGGAGACAAUCGGCGGCAUGUCGGACGCGUCGUCAGUUGGCACAACGCACUCCGUGCGACUGGAAGAACAGCUCGCCUUUUCCGACUGGAUCAACACAAAUCUGGGCCCUGAUUUGGACUUGAGGCACUUGCUGCCGAUCGACGCCGAGGGCAAAGGGUUGUACGAGAAAGUCAAGGACGGGAUCCUCUUGUGGUUAGUAUUUGGCCAACCCAAAAUAAUUAAUCAUUCGUGUCCGGACACGAUUGACGAACGGGCGAUUAAUAAGAAGAACUUGACGCUUUACACGAAGCACGAAAAUUUGACACUGGCGCUGAAUUCCGCCCAAGCCAUCGGUUGCAACGUGAUCAACAUCGACGCGCACGAUUUGGCAAAAGGAAAGCCUCAUUUGGUCCUCGGUCUCCUUUGGCAAAUUAUUCGU